GUGUAGCAAACUUGAAUGCGGUUCAUGGAAUAGACGCUGGGAAUGGAAGUAAUCAAAUUGGUGGUUUGAACACUGCAGGAGAAUUUCGCAAUACAUUUUUUGGUCAACUUAUGCAAGGAAAUAUGGGCAUUGAAGAGUUCUCUGCUAAAAUCAAAAAGGUUGGUAAAAUAGCUAGAAUGGCUCCCGAACAACAAAGAGAGCAAUUUAUUUGUGGCUUAAAUCCUAUGAAUCAGUAUAAUAUUCGAAUGAUGGCUAAGUUUAAUGAUACGCAAGAUAAUAUUACAGAAGCCUUAGCCGAAGCAGAAAAAUUUACAUUAUCUCAAAAGACUCUGAUACUCUAG